GAGGCGGGGGCGGGGCGCGCGCGCCGGGGCGGGGCACCCGGAGGCGGAGUCUCAGGGCGGCCGCAGGAAGAGGGCGCCCUGGAGCCGAGCCGGAGGGCGGCUGUGGGCGGGGCCCAGGGAGGGCGUCGACGCUGAGGGGCGGGGUGAGGCGAGGCGGGGACGCGCUCGGGGGGGUGGGGAAGGCAGGGGCACGGCGGUGGCGGGAGCGUCCCUGGUCUCCGCCCCUGCUUUCCACUCUCUUUCCACCUUCGACCGGCCGGAGCUCCGGAGAAGCACAGCCUGCCGGUACUCGGAGCCGCCCUGCUGCCGCUGCCUCCUCCCUCCGUUCGCGGUGGGCCCGUCAGUCUCCGCACUGUGCGCUCCUCCGUGUGGGCCAUGGAUGGCGGGGAUCUGAUGAGCUUCUUUCUUCCGAUGUCGUUAACGGACCUUUUACCAUGAACAAUUCCACUCGUUCUGCAGGUGUGUAUGCUAAUGGGAAUGACAACAAGAAAUUUAAAGGAGAUAGACCUCCCUGUUCGCCUUCCCGUGUUCUCCAUCUUCGCAAAAUUCCAAGUGAUGUCACCGAAGCAGAGGUCAUAUCAUUAGGUCUACCAUUUGGCAAAGUAACUAAUCUUUUGAUGUUGAAAGGAAAAAGCCAGGCUUUCUUAGAAAUGGCUUCUGAGGAAGCUGCUGUUACUAUGGUGAAUUAUUACACUCCUGUUACUCCUCACCUUCGAAGCCAGCCUGUUUUUAUUCAGUAUUCCAAUCACAGAGAACUUAAGACUGACAAUCUACCUAAUCAAGCUAGAGCCCAAGCUGCACUGCAGGCUGUCAGUGCUGUCCAGUCAGGAAGUCUGGCCCUUCCUGGAGCUCCUGCUAAUGAAGGCACAGUCCUACCUGGGCAGAGCCCUGUGCUCCGAAUAAUUAUUGAAAACCUCUUUUAUCCUGUUACCCUGGAAGUUCUUCAUCAGAUAUUUUCUAAAUUUGGCACAGUCUUAAAGAUUAUCACCUUUACAAAGAAUAAUCAGUUUCAAGCCUUGCUUCAGUAUGCUGACCCAUUGAAUGCACAUUAUGCCAAAAUGGCUCUGGAUGGCCAGAAUAUCUAUAAUGCAUGCUGCACUCUGCGUAUUGACUUCUCCAAGCUUACCAGCCUUAAUGUGAAAUAUAAUAAUGACAAAAGCAGAGACUUCACUCGCUUAGACCUUCCUACUGGUGAUGGCCAGCCAUCCCUUGAACCCCCUAUGGCUUUUGGUGCACCAGGAAUAAUUUCCUCACCAUAUGCAGGGGCUGCUGGAUUUGCCCCAGCCAUUGGAUUUCCUCAAGCUACAGGUCUGUCAGUCCCAGCUGGACUAGGUCCCGGAGCUCUUGGUCCUCUCACAAUCACCUCCUCUGCUGUCACUGGAAGGAUGGCCAUUCCUGGGGCUGGUGGUAUACCGGGAAAUUCUGUUCUACUUGUCACCAAUCUUAAUCCUGAUCUUAUUACACCACAUGGACUUUUUAUCCUAUUUGGAGUAUAUGGUGAUGUACAUCGAGUGAAGAUAAUGUUUAAUAAGAAAGAAAAUGCAUUGGUUCAGAUGGCAGAUGCAAAUCAAGCUCAGCUAGCAAUGAACCAUCUGAGUGGUCAGAGACUUUAUGGGAAAGUGCUUCGUGCUACACUGUCCAAACAUCAAGCAGUUCAGCUUCCUCGAGAGGGACAAGAAGACCAAGGUCUGACUAAGGAUUUUAGCAAUAGUCCUUUGCAUCGCUUUAAAAAGCCUGGCUCUAAAAACUUCCAGAAUAUUUUUCCACCAUCAGCUACUCUGCAUCUUUCCAACAUCCCGCCCUCUGUUACAGUAGAUGAUCUGAAGAACCUUUUCACAGAAGCCGGAUGUUCAGUGAAGGCUUUUAAAUUCUUUCAGAAAGAUCGCAAAAUGGCACUCAUUCAGUUGGGAUCUGUGGAAGAAGCAAUCCAGGCUCUCAUUGAACUUCAUAACCAUGACCUUGGAGAAAAUCACCACCUCAGAGUUUCCUUCUCAAAAUCUACAAUCUAACUUUUCUGUGAAUUUUUCUCCUAAGACUGGACCAUAAUUUCAGUAAAACCUUCAGACAUAGACUGAAGCAGCUCAAGACCAAUUCUGCCUCUUUCACAAAAUUAACUCUUCCUGAGUUUGAUAUUCAAGUAUAUUCAAAAAAAUCAUACGAUGUUCUCUUUUCCCUUUCUCCCCUCUGCCAAUACGUCAUCAGAGGCGUGUUUUUCCUUUGUACCAUAGUUUCUAAAAUGAAAAUAAUCUUCAGGAAAAAAGAAUCAGGAAAAAAAAAUUUUUCAAUAAUUCAAUUCCCUUUAUUAAAUUGGAUUUCAAGAGGACAGUCUUUCUUUUCGUUUGGGUCCAGAUCAGCCUUAUACAACAUUUCUAAACUCCUUUGUAGUUUGAAAAAUUUAAACAUACAGACUUUUAAAAUUACUUGACAUAAGUAAUUUAAAUUACCUACAACCAAGUUUUUAACUGUAUGAUUCAGAAGUUUGACUCCUCUAGGAAACUGUGUUCCCUUAUAAGUUACAUCAGUUAUUUGGCAUAUACUGAUACUUACUAUACAUAAACAAAUUGGGUUGUAUUGGAAGUAAAUUUAUAAAUCUGCGUGUUUUCUUUCAAUUUUUUUUUUCCACUGUAAGACACUCCUUUGCAUAUCUUUAACUUUUUAAGACUAUUUUGGAGAAUGAAGUGUCUCAACUAUCUCCAGGGAAAUUAAGUAGAAUUCAACCAGGAUCUAUUAAGAUGUCAGAAUAAUUAAUAAUUUUAUUAGGAAAAAUCAUGUUUUAAAUUUCAAAAUGACACUUGCCUAAUAAUAUAUGAUCUUGGAAAAUUUAAAAAGAAAAAUAAUCCUACUUAUAAACUACUUUUUUAUAGUUGUUUUCAGAAAAAAGUUUACAGUCUUAAGGAAAAUAUUCAGGUCUAUCAUAUGGUUUGACAGAUUUUUUAAAAGUUAUUUUUGGUAAAGUCUUCUUUUAGAAAAAAAUCAAUCUCAAGGGUUUUUUGUACCACUAUAAUCUCUAAUACUUAUUCAGAAUUACUGUGUAUUUACUUAAUUUCCUAUUAUGUGCCUUAUUAUGUGCUUAUGAUAUAAUAGGUUAGACUUUUAUCUAAGUAUCUUGAAAGCUAUAUUGUGGGCUUGGUGAGCAUUUGUUUUUUCUUUCCCUGUUUUGGUAAGGAUUUUAAAGUUUUUUUCAUUGCAAUUUUAAGUGAUUUUCAAUAACUAAUAGUUUCUAUUCAAAUUUUUUGGUGCUUUGGUGUAGAGAUGGGGUGAGGAAGGGUUAAACGGUUUUGGGAAUAACUCAGUGCACACCUGUAGGCCUCUUCAUAUUGUGACCAAUAGUGGUCAUUGCCAGUUAUAGCAUACCAAUUUGGGGCUAUAACAUGCAGUCUCAGUUCUGGAUCUUGUCUGAUCUUUAUCACGCAUUAGAAUUUGUCUCAGGAGUACUUGGUUUUUGUCGUAUACUCAAGUGAGAACUUGCUUUUCUUUGUUAAUGUAACUUCAUUACUGAGUGCCCACAUAUAUGGAGUAUGAGAAGGUGGAUUCUUUCUCAUACUCUGUCCCUCUUUUUAGUUGAAUGUGAGAGUACAUGUUAAUGUUGCUUCAGUGAUUGUAUAAUGUAAAAUUGUUUCUUUUUAGUUAGAUACUUUGCUUUUGUUAAUUAUUCCUUCAGUGCUUGAUCGGAUUUUUUUAAAGCAGAAUUUGUUAAAAGGGUCAUUUUUGUCCACCCAUUUUACACUUUUCAGAUUCUCAGAGUGGCUCAUCUCACCUUUUAAAAGAAUAUUUCAAUUUCUUUGCUAUAUUCCAGCCAUUAAUUUGAACACAGGAAGAAAUUUUAUAAAAAAUUGGAGACUACAAAAGAUAAUUGUUAAAAAGCAGAAUUCACUCAACGCUGAGCAACAAUUAGUUGGUAGAAUACAAAGGAGGACACUAUAUUGAGAUCUUUCAAAUGGAUCAGUUUUAAUAUUAGCUGAUAGGUGUAAUCAUUUAUCUAAUUUUUAUUUUUUCACUUAUGAAAUAUAUUUUUACCAAAACACUGAGUAAGAGGGAGGGGAAAAAACAAUUUCUUUAAGAAAUCUCCCCAAAUUGCUUCAUUUUUUUCCUUCCAUACAGGCACUAUUAUAAUUUUCAGUGGCAUGUUAAAUUGGUUUUUUUUUAGUUAGGAAUUAUUGUGUAGUUUUAAUUCAUGAUUCCUAUAACAGUCAGUGUAAGUGUAGCAGAAGUGUAGCAGAAGGGAGAUCACAAUGGUAUUGAAUGUAAUUUUGAAGUAGGGAAUGGCCUUUAUAUUUGAGAGAGAACAUUUGAAUCCUUUUUAGGGAUUUGUGCGCACGUAUGUGUGUGUGUGUAUAGAUAAGUGUAUAUACAUACACUUUUCUAGUGUCGUACAUACAUAUGCACAUUACAUACAUCUUAAUUUAUUGACAAAGAACAUUAAUCAAAUUAAGAUUUGGAAAAGGUGAGAUAUUCUUGUUUAAAAUAGUGUGUUUGCAACCAUCAAUUUGUGUCUAAAAUUAGCUGUAGCACAUGGAUGUUGUCCAUAUUGGGCUAUUUGCUCUUUGAAUUAUAGAGGUCUACAGUAUUUGUGUUGGUAUAGUUUCUGUAAAAAGAUUUAAAAAUAUCAGGGCAGUGGAAAAACUAGAUCUUUGUAUUUUUCGUUUUGGCAUGCAUUUAGUUGAUAUCUUCUGAGCGAUGUUUAUUUUGCUGUUGAGCUGUCAUAGUAUCCUAUUUUUAAGUUUAUUUACUUAAUUUUAAGGAGUAUUGUCUUAUUUUUGGAGGUGUCUGACUUUGACACAAAAUAUGUAUAUUCAGGACUUCAUUAAAAAAUAGCAGUACACGUUUAACAGUAGCAAUUUAUGCCAAAAAGUUCUACUUUGAGAUUUAAAUAACUUGCAUAGCAGUAAAUUGUUUCCUGUGAGAUACAACUAGAAAAAUAACCUUAAUAAUUUGAUAACUUACAAGAGAGUAUCAGAAUUACCUACCUAAUAGCUCCUGCAGAAUGCCAUAAAUUUGUUGUUUAAGGCUAAAUAUUGUAAUGUUAAUUUGUAGUCAUGUUUAUGAUUUUGCUGAAAGUUGCAAAUCUCACAGUUUUUAGAGGCACAAUUUUUGCCUGCUUAUUCCUUAUGGAAGCAAUGCCUUUUUUUGGCUCCACCUAGGAUGGUGAUUAUAGGUUCUGCUUCAGUUGAUUAAAAGUAACUCUCAUGAAUGUCUCUGAUCAGUUUUAUAUAAACUUUUAAAAGCUUCCGUGUCAUUAGGCAGCAAAGGUUAUACAUUUAUAUUAACAUGUAAUUCCUCUUCUGUUUCCACUAAGUAUUUUUGGACAAAAGAUGACAAGCUCAAAAGUAUGUGUUUUCCCCCCCAGUGAGUCACUUAAAAGCCCUGUUUGCCAAACUAUCAGCCUAUCUCUUAGAAAACCUAGUGUGUACUGCUAUUUUUAAAACCAAAAAGACAGCAUGACUAUGCGUAAAAGCAUUUUUCUUAACUUUUCCUUUGUCUUGAUCUGUUGUUAACAAGAAUAAAACUGCCAGACUUAAAAUAUUCUACUAUUCUGCUAAAAGAAAUACAAUUUAGAUUGCACAGAACUUUUUCUUUGAAGAAAAUAUAACUCAGCUGUCUUUUAAGAGCUGUGUUAUUGUCUACAAGACUAUUUGCAGUCUUUUUUCAGAGCAAAUUUUAACAGCUAGUUGUGAAUGAUUUAAAAAAUAGAAAAUUACUAAAAUGUUAGUUUUGGGGGUUUUAUAGAGGGAGAAAAACAAAACAGGACCAAAGGUUAUGUGCCUUCUUCAGUAGUCUUAAUUGAUCUUUUCUUCCUAUUUGAGACUAAGGUAGUAUCAGUAUUCUGGUUUUCAGGAAAUACAUACUAUAGUUUUAAAAGAAUGUUGUCCCACACACCAUCCGUUCAAGCAAACAGUUGUAACUGUAAAAUGAAGUCUCAGUUACACUUUUUGCCUUCAUCACAUAAUAUUCAUUAUAUAGCAUUGAGCAGGUCCAAGAACAGAGCUGCUCUUAAUCUUUGUGGUAGUCAUCUUAGUUUCUGUAACCUGAGGCAUAUGUUCCAGAGAACAGGGAUAUUUUUCUGGUCCAGUGACCAUGGUGAUAAUAGUCAUGAUUGAAAGCUGCUCAUGGCAAGCUUAAAUCAGCACUGUAAACAGAUUUUUCUUGUUGUUGUUGUUACAUUAUUUUUAGUUCUUUAAUCUAUGUAGUAGUUGUAAUAACAAAUAUUUAAAUAGCUAUUUUUGAUGUCAUUAAAAAAAAUCAUACUCUAGCCUUCUUUCCCCCUUACCAUUGUUACCCAGAUCUUUAAAAAAUUCAUCCCACAUCCAAAAAGUACUAAUUAUAAAGAUUGCUGACCAAGCAAAGUUUUGCAUCAAAAUGUCACCUCAUUGCUCUGACCAAAGACUGACUGUUUUGGUUUUGACUCCUUUCUGUUAAGCAUUUCUUUUCCCAAGCUCCUUUCUGAAAGAAGAUCCAGUGCAAAGCGGCCUUUACUUUCUAUUUCCUAUCGGCGAAUAGACUACUUAGAGAAAAUGGGAGUUUAAAUGUGAACAGAAUGGAUUAGGACAACAUGGGUUUUAUGGGCAUUUUCAGUACUGUAUUUAAGAAAAAAAAAAAAUAGCACAGCUAGGAGCCUCUGACAUUGUCUCGUGUUUUAUGUGGUCUGUUCAUAAAAUUCCCUUUUUCAGUUUAUAAGAAUGUUCAUCUAACAGAAGAAAAUGCUGUAAAUAUUUGUAACAACAUUUUUUAAAACCAGGCCAAAAAAGAAAAAGAAAAAAAAAAACGGUUUUUGGGAACAAGUUAACAUAUAAAGUGGUUUUAUAUAAAACAUCAAUUGUCUUGUAUAUUUUGAUAAGCAGCAGUACCAGCUUUCAUUUGUAACACAGUUUGUGGCAUUGGAAGAAAAGGAUUCUGUGAUUAUUGAAGUGAAUUAUGUUAUAAAUGCGAAGAGAAGAUAAAAUAUUAAAAAACAUAUUUUCUAAGUGCGUAGUGCAUGGUUAAUUCAAGCUUCUGUACACUACAAUAUAUUCCAUUUUUGUUCAGUUUGUAUAUUUGCUGACUAUUACUUGAUAUCUCUAAUCUCUUUCCUAACAAGUAUAGCAUUGUAGCAUGCCUUUUAAUAAAUGUCAUGACAUCUGUA